AUGCUGCGGAAUCUGCCUCGGACCAUGACCCGCGACAUGUUGUUUGAGCUGUUCUGCGACCAGGGCCUUGGCGACCGCCUCGAUUUUCUUUACGUGCCGACGAAUUUCGAAGGAGACGAUAACUUCGGCUACGGCUUUGUCAACCUGAAAACUUUCCAGGACGCCGAGAACUGUCGGUCGCAGCUGCAAGACUUCGGGGAUUGGCCCACGCCGUGGGACCAGACCUGCAAGGUCCUGAGCGGGGACACGUGCCAGGGCCUCGAGGCGUGCGCUCGCACGCACGCCGCCACCGCCGAGGAUGUGUAG